UCUCAGCGAAUGUUGUAUUUUGUACUUUCGUAAUUUUAUUUUAUUUGUAUUCGCAUAAAAUAAGCUUAAAAUGAUUUUGUUUUCGCAUUUUAUAUCAUUCUCCUAAGUUCAGUAGCGUUCCGGUCCAUCGCAAUAAGUUGCGAUGGACGGACAAGACGAAGGGGUCCUGGAUGUGGAUUUAUUAGCUGAUGAUGGAUCAGACGAAGAGAGCGAGGUUCCACCGUCCUCAGAUUUCUACCCAGGCCCUGCAUCAACACCAACAUCAUGUGCCUCUUCACCGAGAGGCGAGGAACCGGCGUCUCCACUGGCCGUGGUUUCACAACCAGCAUUCUUCCAUCAUCAGACUUACACACGGCCAUUCUUCACAUCAGGCAGGAGGGGCCCUGGUAGGCCGCGCAAAGAGGGCCCUAAGCUGGCACGUGAAGGGAAAAUAGUUAGACGGUAUAGAGGUAAUCUAGCUGGCUCUGUCAGAGGAGCUAAGAGACACCGAAGUAGCCGGGAUGAAGCACCUGAUGAUAUGGUAGACGAGGAUGACUUCACCAUGCCAGCCCCGGAGGAACCGCCAUACAUGCCUGAAAAAUGGCCUGGAAAAGUAUGUGCCUUAUGCAACCUCAGCGAGCGCAGUCAACUGGGACAGGGAGAGAUGCGUCAGACUGUCUGCCCCGUUGAUACCGACGGUAGCACCACGCCGGUGGUAAGCAACUCUGGCGGCGCCACCCCCACCAGUACACCGAGUACACCGAUACUAGCGAUGCCUGCGGGGUUAGCCUCACCACCACCAGAGUUGAUGGAAAGUAUCCAACAGCAACAGGCAAUGCCGCUUAGUAGGCGGCAGAAGGCAUUCAAUAAAUGCAAGACCCCCUUAUACAACAUGGAGCACACGGAUGAACUAUCCAUCAUUGGGUUUAUAGAACCCUUAGAACUGCCUGCAGUGGUAUCAUCUGGAAUGCUUUACGUUCACCGAUCCUGCCUUGAAUUCAGUCCGCCAUUUCAAGAUCAAGUUGCCGCUGCAUGUAAUUCUGAGGAGGAUAAAGAGCAACUAGAAGAAGCCAGGGUUAGAGGGAUUGUUACAGCUGCCCUCAGUAGAAAAUGUUCCUUUUGUCAGCGACACGGUGCAAGCAUUCCUUGCAAGAUGAGUUGCAGUAAAUAUUUCCACCUGCCUUGUGUUCUCGCUUCUGGUGGCUUCAUGGACUUUCAAACUAGAUCAUCGUUUUGCAAGGAUCAUUUAUAUCAAGUGCCAGUCGACUGUACAGGUGAUAUCGACUGUCGGACUUGUAGGACCAUUGGUGACAUAUCAAACUUAAUGACAUGCGUGACUUGCGGCGGUCACUAUCAUGGAACUUGCGUGGGACUCGCUCAGCUGCCUGGCGUGCGAGCGGGCUGGUCGUGCCGUUCGUGCCGCGUGUGCCAGGUGUGCCGCGGCGAGUCCGGCACGGGCUCGGGCGACGCGCGUGCCGUGUCGUGCGAGCACUGCGACAAGCUGUACCACGCUACGUGCCUGCGCCCCGUCAUGGCCACCGUACCCAAGUACGGCUGGAAGUGCAAAUGUUGCCGCGUGUGCAGCGACUGCGGGGCCCGCUCUCCGGGCGCCGGGCCCUCGUCGCGCUGGCACGCGCACUACACCGUCUGCGACUCGUGCUACCAGCAGCGCAACAAGGGCUCUUGCUGUCCACUGUGCCGUCGUGCGUACCGCGCUGCUGCGUAUCGGGAUAUGAUACGAUGUUCUGCUUGUCGCAGAUACGUACACGGAUUGUGUGACCCAGAGGCGGAUCCUCAUCAAUACAGGCUAAAGAAAGAACAGAACCCAACAUAUGAAUACAGCUGUCCUAUAUGUAAAGCAAAUCAGCAAGCGACUGGCUCCAAAUCUGGAUCAUUUGAAGAGGACAAUAUGGCUUCAACAUCUCAAGAUUCCUCGUUUGGUGAGGAUACACCACAAGACCAAGAUCCGCUUGCUAUUGAACCUAAGGUUGUCUCGCAGAUUGAUGUGGGACUAGGAAAAGGCAAACCUUACUCGGUGUCAUCCAAAGUGGCCAAGAAAAAGAUCGGUGGUUAUAAACUCAAAGGUGGCUUCCCACCAGCCGGAAAACUUGGAUUUCAAAAGCGGCAGAGAUCGGUUUUCGAUUUGGGGCGAAAAAGAGGUUCUAAGCCAAAGAUGAGAGGCGUGUUUGGGGUCCCUGGGUUAGGGUUACAAAGACCUCAAGCUCCCGAUAACAAGACCUCUGAUGAUGAUCCAGGGGUUGAAAACAAACUGGUACUGUGUUCAAGUAAAGAUAAAUUCGUGCUGACUCAAGACCUAUGUGUGAUGUGCGGCGCUAUAGGCACUGACUCUGAGGGAUGUCUGAUAGCUUGCUCGCAGUGCGGGCAGACUUAUCAUCCGUACUGUGUCAGUAUUAAGGUGUCCCAAGUUAUAGUGAGUCUCGGUUGGCGGUGCCUCGACUGCACAGUAUGUGAAGGUUGUGGUUCCCGCGGGGACGAACCGCUUCUGGUACUCUGCGACGACUGUGACACGGCGUGGCAUACAUACUGCGCUCGCCCGACUCUAACGGAAGUACCUAGAGGCGCUUGGCGUUGUCCGCGAUGUCGGAGAUGUCUCGUCUGUGGUACUAGAGAUACCGCUCUGUGGUGUGAUAAUUAUACUGAGUGUGCACCGUGCGCAUCACUAGUGAUGUGCUGCGUAUGCACGGAGCCAUAUUCGGACGGCGAGCUUAUCAUUCAGUGCACAGGGUGCUCGCGUUGGUUGCACGCCGCGUGCGACUCCAUCCGCAGUGAGGGCGACGCUGAGACCUGCUGUCGGGCCGGAUACAAAUGCCUGCUAUGCCGCGGUCGCGACGUACCGCCUGCGCAUUUAGUGCGUGCAAUAGAGGCGGCGUGCCCGCAAACCCCCCCACCAGUGCGUCCGCGCCUCACCGCGCUGGCCCUAGGCCUCGCGGGGGAGUACUACGUCGAUGACGUGUGCCUCUCUCAACGAGGGGCCCAUCAUAUGAAGCAGUUGGAAGCAGAGAUGGGGAUAACGCACACGAGAAGAAAACGUAGAUUCAAGAAUGAGAAUACGGAGAAGGACGCCGUGGUUCAGAAUGCAGAAGGCGAGCUGGGCGACGAGACCAAGCCUGAUGGCACCGUGGAAGUCAAAGAGGAACCUGGGCUAACUCCAACCAGCAACCUAAAGGAGGGUAUACUCUGGAACAUAGCGAACGAUGGCCCAGUGCCCGAAGGCUUCACAAUAUACACCACGGACUCCGGCCUCACAGUAUUGAGAAGGAAGCGGCAGCGGAACUUGAACAAACUCGGCAUCGGCGGCUUUGUGGUGCGACAGAGACAGAACACCAAAGCUCAGGCGGACGACGAGAAAGACGGAGAUGGAACACAGGGGUCCAGUGAUUCCCCGAGUAACAAACGCAAGCCGCGUCGCAAACCGCGCUCCAAGCUUAUGGAGCAGUUUCCCUCCUACAUGCAGGAAGCAUUCUUCGGCAAAGACCUGCUUGAGCCAACUAAACCCGCUAUUACUUCUACUGGUGCUGGAGGUAUAAUGGAGGCAGAGGGCAGCGGUCGCGGUGCUACACCGGAGGGAUAUCGGGAACUGCGCGACUUCGACAACUCUGACAGUGAUGGCGACGACGUACUCUCUGCGUUAUGCUCCUUCAACGACCAUGAUAACACUGUCUUCAUAACCCUUAACACGGAAGAAAAUGAUAUUCUCCAAUCAUUGAAACCCAAAGAAGAAAAAGACGAAGGGAAUUUAUUAAUAGACACAACAAAGAUUAAGACCGAGGCGUCCGAUGAAUACCAGUUGAAACACACAGAGGACUCAACAGCGUUGAAGAACGCAAUCUUGGGUCCACCGCCUACUGAAAGUGACGCUGCUCCUACCGAUGUACCUGUACACACUCCGAAACAAGAAAAUAUCAGCGCAGAAACAAGCGUUGGCUCGCAAUCGUCUAGAAUAUCGCCGAAGGAUGAGCUGUCACUGCUGGGUGUGAAUUUAGACGCGAUGGUGCGGGACACGCUACCGGAUAUGGACAGCAACGACGUAGAUGAGAUAUUCAAGGGUGUACUCACUGAUGAUUCACAGGAAUCCCAGGAGUCAACAGUUUCAUAUGUGAAUUCUAUGGCUGGAACUCCAUACUCACAACAAAGGCAACAACUGCAGAGUCCUAUGGAAUAUACAUCACCCUAUCACUCAGAGUUUGGCAGCGGCAGCGCACUUAGCCCUCUAUACGGCGACUGCAGCGGAGGUUCCGGCACGAGUGCGGGCACGGGCGCAUGGAACGAGCAGCCCGCACCGCCACCGUCGUACAACCAGCGCAGUGCAGACAAGAUGCGUGCUGACGAGAGUCUAGGUUCAGCGGCAACAAUAUCAGCGGUGCUAUAUGCCAACACCAACCACCCGGAAUGGAAGACCGAGUUCCCCAACUGGGUGGAUCGUUGCAAGCAAAUCCUUAAGAAAUGGCGGGCACUACCCUCCGAGCAAAAGGCGCCCUACCUCCAACGCGCGAGAGACAACCGCAGCGCUAUUCGUAUGAAAAAAGCUCAACAGGAGCAAGAGCGAGCUUGCAGCCAACAGAGAACCGCGCGAGAAGCUGAACAAGAGCGUCAGUGGAAACAGUUACAGCAACUUCGCCAACAGCAAACGCAGCAACAGCAGCAAAUCAUACACGAUCAGAGGAUCCAAGCAGCAAUGCAGCGUAUCCGCGGCCCCGACGGCAGCAGUCCCCCGGGGGCGGGCAGCGCCCCGUCCCCCGCGCCGGCGGACGCCCCCCGCGCGCCCUUCCCCGCGCAGCGCUUCCCCCUUUACGCCACUAACGAGGACAUCAACCGCCAACUGCGGGACCUACUGCAGCGGCACCCGCACCCUGAUAAGAUGUGGCCACCGCAACAGCGCGAUUGCGAACCGGGAGUUGACGAGGGAGUGUCCGCUAAUGCAAACAACGAAGGAGGCUCGUUCCGUGCGCCGCCCCCCGUCGCACUGCGGGCUCGUGCGCCGCACCCGCACCAAAUGACAAUGCAACAUCGACCUGAGCACAUGAUUAUACAACACCGUCUCAUCGGUGAUAAUUCGCAAAUACAACAAAACAUUGCUAAUGCAGCUGCCCAACAAAUGGUGGAACAAAAACAGAUGGCUGCCUCACAGGGAAACGCUUCUUCUGCUGAUAAACAUGAUGGACACGAUCAAGGUACGGAUGAAAUGGAUAUUGGAGACAUGGACAAGCUCGAACAAGAUACAGGCAAUAUUGGAGAGGUGGACAUCUUAACGGGUUUGAGCGGCGAAGACGACGAGAAGCUUCUAGAAUCCCUUACGUCAGAGAUAGGCGAGCAGUUUAAUAUACUGGAGUAUGCAGACCCUGAGCUAGCUGCGUUGGGCGAUGAGCACCUUUUGGAUGGCCUCGAUCUGCCUGACGACGUGACUGACCGCGCGGAUCGUUCUGACCACCCACACCAGAAGCGCAUGCCCGACGAAGACUCCGAGCAAAAGGGUGACAACAAGAUGGACAGUGAACUCCAGAAGGCCGUAAAGAACAUAGAGUAUGCUAAACUAUCGGUGAAAUCGGAACUUACGGAGGUUAAAGCGGAGGUUCUCGAAACAAAAACUGAAGUUCCAGUGUCCUCAAGCAUGGGGCAAAUGUUCCAAGACAACAUUCAAAGAGUAAUUUCACAGAAUCACCAAAUUGCCUUACACUCGAUGCAAGCAGUGAAAGGGGAGGUCAAGGCAGAGUGUGAAGAGACAAAAGAAAGCGAUUGGCCACGGCCCGUUUUUUCACACAUGUUUGGACUACAGAUACCCACUCAGCAAGCGCAACAAAUACGCGCCGGCCCGCAGAACGUGGCGCAACCGUUAUCGGCGCGCCCUCAAGGACAGAUUCUCAAUCAACAUGUACAGUUUACACAGAACCCUAAUGCUAACAGCGCGGCUGCGGCUGCGGUGAGUGCCUUGAGCGCCAGCACGCAAAGCAUCGUGAACGCUAUGACGGCUCAAGUCCAGGCGGCUUUGGCUGCGGGACGAGCCAUCGCGCCUGGUACCCGCUUGCUGGGAGCCGAUGGAGCGGUCGGUGUCGUGAGACAAGACCGCUCCGUUGCAUUAGCCGCUCUACCGCAUUCCGCAGCGCGCGGCAUGGUGGCAGCGGCUCGUCAGUUGGCGCCGUCUGCUUUACGCCAGGACUCACCACUCACCGUUUCAUCGCUAUCCGGAAGCCAAGGAGUAUCCGGCGUGCCCACGGGAGUACGCAGCGCACCACCACCGCCUUAUCCCGGCUUGCGUGCUCCACCACCACCCCCCUACCCUCAGUUACAGGCGCCCUUUGACGCGGACUGGGGCGACUGGCUGCACCGCCGCCCGCUGCUGCUGCAGAACGUAAACCAGGAGCAACCGUUGCUUCUGGAGGAGCUGUUGGAGCAGGAGAAGCGCGAGCAGGAGCGCGAGGGCGGCGAGUGGAGCGCGGGCCCGCCGCCCGCGCCCGCGCCCGCGCCGCCGCCGCCCGCCGUGCCGCUGUUCGCCGCGCCCGCGCCGCCGCAGCCGCCGCCGCCGCCCGAGCGCGCCGCCAGCGAGGCCGACCACCACGCGCGCCUGGCCUACGAGCAGUGGCUCACCGCCUACAACACCUUCGCCUCCGACCAGCUGCGCUACUACGAGCAGGAAGUGCAGAAACUGCGCAAGAUCCGCAAGUCGCUGAAUAGUAAGCAGCGGCAAUUGAGAAAAUCGGGGAACGAGCUGAUGCCGAACGACGCCGCCGAACUUCAGAGAGUGUCGACCGAGCAGCAGGCGUUACAGAAACACUUGGAAGCUGCUAGAAAACAAGCCAGGCAGCACAGUAUGCUCAUCCAGGAAUACGAUACGAAGCAACGUCAACAGAAUCCACAAUUAACACAACAAACCAUUAUAAAUCAGCAACAGAUUUCUAAUCAGACUGUGUUCGCUCAAAAUCAGAACAUAAACCAAAGUCAACAAAUGCAACAGCAGGCUACUAUAAACAGACCGAUGCAAAUAGGAUUGCAGGGCACCACAAUACAGCAACAAACAUUGAUCCGAACACAGCAAACUGUUCUCGGUUCCGACGGACAACCGCUGCCUCAACAGAGAAUAGGAUUAGUCACUUCACCGCUCAAUACCCAGGGCAGAAUCUUACAAGGCGCUCGUACGUUAGUUAUUGAGCAAACUGGUUCGCCGCAGCAACAGUUGGUCCGGCAAUUAUCGGGAGUACAGGACAGACCUCAGUCGGUGAGCGGAAUAGUGCAGUUCAAUCAGCAGCAGAUGGCUAAUGUCCGAAAUAACAUGCCCGUGGGUAAUCAAACUCCCCGCCCGUCUAAUCAGAGGCCAGUUAUGUCGCCGCUACAUGUCCAGUCUCCUCAUUCGCAAUCUCCUCUUCACUCUCUGGCUCCCCAGUCCCCAUUACACCCUAUGGCGUCACCGAUGCAGUCCCCAUUGCAUUCACAACAGUCUCCGCUACAUCAUACGUCUCAAUCUCCCUUGCAUUCAGCGACACAAUCACCUCAUCAUACGCAGCAGUCGCCAAUGCAUUCUCAGCAGUCGCCAAUGCACGUGCAGCAAACGAGUAUACCGCAACAGAGUCCGAUGCAUUCACAACAGAGCUCGAUGCAUCCGCAGCAAUCUCCUAUACACCAGCAGAGUCCAAUGCAUUCGCAAAAUCAAAUGUCCACACAACAUUCUCCGAUGCACCCGCAACAGAGUCCGAUGCAUCCGCAACAAAGUCCAAUGCAUCCGCAACAAAGUCCGAUGCAUCAGCAGCAAAGUCCGAUGCAUCAGCAGCAAAGUCCUAUGCAUCCGCAGCAGAGCCCAAUGCAUCAUCAACAAAGCCCGAUGCAUUCUCAGCAAUCUCCGAUGCAUUUACAACAGUCGCCGAUGCAUACGCAGCAAUCCCCGAUGCAAUCGUCAAUGUCGCCACAACAUUUUCUGCAACAACUGCAAGCUCAGAGAACAAGUCCACAACUGCCUACGCCUAGCCGCAGUCCGCAGAUUUAUCAACAAUCACAAAUUCAAAGUCCCGUAGCCUCUCAUUCGCCACAGCUACAAAACAAUGAUUAUACAACUGGUAGAUUCUCUCGGCCUGCUCCUGGGUGUUCACCAUUGCCUACACGUUUUGCUCGGCCACCGCAUCACCAGCAAGGUAUGCGGGUUGGUGUACCCUUCGUUGGGCGUCAACAAACUUCCCCACUCGGUAGCCCACAACCUCUACCGUCGCCCGGAAAUUCAACCAACGAAAUGACUCGCCAACAAAUCCUACAAAGGCAGCAAUACAGUCCUAUGGGUGGUGCUCCGGCCUCUCCAUCGUUAUCGCGAUCUCCUCAUGUGGCACGCACACCCACUCCGUCCGCGUCACCGGCCGCUUCCCCAGCACCCCACCACGAGCACGGCGGUGGCACCCACCACCACCACCACAUGGCACCCAUACCUCCAGGAUACAGAUACUUCAAACCUGGCCUCUUUGGAGGUGCUCCAGUAUGGCCAACAAAAGAAGACGACAGACGACGCGCUACUCACAUAAAUAAAGUGUCCAUACUUAAACGGCGCACGCCUCCUCGACCGAGAUUUUCAGGAAAGACUGGCGCUCCCGGCACUGAAACUCGCAUUGAUGAUAUUGCUGAAACGAGCGAUGCACGAAAGUAUGUGCUUUACUCUUCGGGCAGUGUUGAAUAUUCGAGCGCAUCUGAUGACUCUGCUCGUAUGAGCUUUUCCAAAGAUGACGACGACGAAGAUAUGCAAGAUUUUGUCGACCAUUUAGAUGAUGACGAUAUAGUUGUAGUAGAACCUGGCGCUAUAUCACCUGAGGAGCGCAUAGCUACAGAAGAAGAUUUUGAGGAACUGAUUGACAGUGGUAAACCAGAAGAUGAAGCCGAGGAAGAGAUUCUUCAAGAUAAACCUCCAACGCGUACAGAAACAACAACUAAAACUGUGGCAGUAAUAAGUUUAGCGCCCGCGAAGCAGCCGUCAUCUAAUAUGCAGCAAUAUAAAAUAGUCAAUCAAUCGCAAAGCUCGGCACUCUCACGUUUACCAGUUCUAAGCGCCACUGUGCUUUCACCGCAUUCGAACACUAAAAUAUUGAAUGAAGUUUCUCAAGCUACAGUUGCAUCUGUGUCGAUCGCCAAUCAAACUAUUUCUGUACCGGUAUUAAAAAAUCUUUCAGUACCUGUAGCUAAUGUUACUGGUCACGGUUCUGGUAUACCCAAACCUCAAAUGAAAAAGGUACCUUUGAACAUAAGUAAUCCUCCACUUACUGUAAACAUGUCAUCUCAUUCUAUGCCCAAGCCAAUGAAUUCCGUCAUAAGCGUAAUAUCUUCUAAUGUCGCGAAGAGUGCCAGUAUGAAUCCGGUUAUUACACUCGCUACCUCAAACUCAAUUGCAGGUACAUCUAGGGUACCAGUUUCCAUCCUUACUCAGCCUCAAGUAAAACAAAAAAUUGUAAAAACCAUAGAAAAACCAAUGGCGUUAUCACUAUCAAACACAAAACUGUCAAGCUUAUCGGUAACUCAUGAUGCUACUUUGCCUGCUAAGAUCUUCCAAGAUGAGGCUGCAUCACCAGACAGCACAGUAGCAUCUGAACAUAACAUGGAUAUGCAAAAUCCUUCUGUGAACCAGCAUUUGCUCUCUUUGUCCUCGCAAGAAAUGAAACAAAAAGAUCAACACUCCUCUAUGCAAUCGACUAAAGACAUUGACAUUGAAAGUGAAAUUAGUAAACAGACCGAGUUGCCACAUACUCUUUGUUUGUCAGAUCGUACUCCACUUUUACUCGGAAAGGCAGACAUAAAGAGUCCCGAUCCCAUACCAGAAAAGAUACCUGACAAUAUUAUGGAGGGUGACGAUGAAGACAAGCCAGAAGAUUCUUUGCAGAACCAUUUGUUGUUGUCUUAUAAUAAAACUUUGCACGAGCAACAAAUACCUAACACAUCUUCUGCAGGCAAAAACGCCGAAGAAAAUGUAGUAAAAACCAUUAAAGCAAUAGCAAAUCAAACAAAAGAGAUGGUGAUUGAUUCUAAUAUGCAAAUAACUUCGGAUAUUACUCAAGAUUCGGUUCAGAUAUCUAUACCAUCGCCUACUCCUUCACAAGAAAGAUAUUUAAAUGAUAUAACAAUGCGAGAUCACCCAGAAACAGUAGAAGGUACUCCCAAACAUGUAGAAUCAUUCGAACAUAUGUUAAGUUUUCUAGAGAACAUUACCGAUGAUAAUAAAAGAAUGGGUAUGAAACAAGCAAAUGUAAAAAAACCUAAUCCGCCGCCUACUCAAAAUCCUAAUUUAAAUCCAAAUCAUGCUUUAAAACAACAAGAAAGUAGAGAAACAAAAGAACCACCCGCGUUUCCAACUAGAGACGUUGAAAGGAUUGCAAUGCAAUCAGCAACCAUACCUCAAUUAUCGCCUUUAUCCCAACCAGCAGAGUUGACGUCUAACAUGGCAAAUGUAUCACAGCAGUUACGGUCUAUUAUGUCUUCUUUAAACACUAAUACAUCUAAAGUGGAAUCACAGACAAUUAUGAGAAAAAAUAGUGAUGCUACAGCCCCUACACAAGUCAACUUUGAAACUCUACUUCCAUCUUCAAAAGUGGAAAUAGCCACAUCGCGACCAUCGCCUAUACAAAGAAUAGAAAAACCGCAAACUUCUAAUUCCAGUUCAGAAACAAUACCUAUGAGUGCAGCGCAGAUGAUUGGAUCUCGACUUAAUACUUUGUCAUCAAUGGGACAAAUGAGAAAAUCUCCAAAUAUAUCACCUAUUAAUUCCCCUGUAGGGAUGCAAAAUACUAUGAUGAAAUCUCCGGCACAAUCGCCUCUUAUUAACAAUCAGACGUUUAACUUAGGCGAAGAAUCUCACAAUGCAAGCAUAACUUCUCAAAUGAUGCAAAUGCCAGCUUUAUCAAAAAUACACAAUAAUCCUUCAACACCUUCUUCUUUGAUACACUCCAAUAACAUAACCACAACGAGUGUUAGUAGUUAUCCAAAACCUCAGUCUUUGCCGACUAGUAUACUGGGCCACACCUUAUUACAGCCUACUAGGCAAAUAAAUACCAGCAAUUUACAAUUUAAUCCGCAAAAUAUCAGUUCUAGCCAACCGCCGGCUUUGGUUAUGACAUCAAGAGCAAUAAUAAGUAACAAAGAACCUGCUCCUAAUGUUACCGUACGUACACACAGUAUCGUGAGCACAGGUAUGGGACAAAUGCAACCUAAACCUGCACAAGGUCCCAUUAGCUUCGUGACAUCAUCAAAGCUCUUACAUACGCAAUUGACUUCACCAUUAAAACGAUCAAAGUCAACCGAUGAACCAAAGAGCGAAGUAAUAGUGGGCCACAUUCAGCCGACCAAAAGACAUAGUGUGGAAUCGGUUAUAGUUAAAUCGGAACCCAUGGAAACUGAUGAAUCAACAGUUGCAACAGAUAAUUUGGGAAAUAAAAUAAUUCAACAAAAUGCAGCGAACCAAAGAAACGACGAGUCACAAAAUGUAUUGCUAAAACAAUUAUUACAGACCACUACUACAACGUCGACGGUUGUUCCACAACGAACAGUGACGAUACAAAGAAGUGCCCCUGCUUUAGGUACAAUUCCGUCUUUAGAAGCUCAGUUGGCGAGACCAGCAAUUCCGCCACCAACCCUAGCUUUAACUCAAGAAGUAGAAAUACCCAAGAGUUCUCCUAGACAUAUAACUACAGUGAGUUCCCCUUAUUCCAACCGUCCAAUUCAGACGUCAAUCCCUACAUCAUCAAUGUCUCCUUUGAUUUUAACUCAAUCCUUAAUGGACGUAAGAAAGACACCGAUGAAGUUCUUAAAUAAAGAAGAGACAACCCCUGUACCAGAAUGUUCGCCCACGAUCAAAUCUUUACCCAUGUAUCCAACAAGUAUAGAAAAUCAGCAACUUCAACAAACCAUAAAAAAAGAAGUAGCUCCACCGCAACAAAGCCCUAUACACCGCCCAUUUACACCACUGGACGUUAAAAAGGAACUUCUCGACGAGAGUUCUCAACAAUCUGCAACUUCCGGUGUUUCUACUGCAUCCGAUCAAGGCAAAUUAGAUCAACCAAUGAAAGAGGAAUUCCCAGAGAGUGUUAAUAUGGAAAGUUCAUCAGAUAUCAAUCCGUCAGAAACGCCAUCGGAAGCUAAGAGACGUAAGCGACGAGAAUAUCAACAAAAGAAGCGAAAACAAAUGCAACUAAAUAUGAAAGCGGCCGCAGAAAAUAAUAUGAAUGCUGUAAACGCUAAAAAGCGCCCUCGUAAAGGUUCUAGAUAUGAAGAAGAUUACGAUACCUUCAUUGACAACUUAAUGGCCCAAUUAAGAUUACUGCCGCCUAUGCAGAUCCAAGAACCUGCUUUGACUACUAACUUUGCAGUUUGUCCGCUGUUUGGGUCUGGCGAUUUGACAAAACUGAAAAAUAAAGACUAUGAUAUUCUGAAAGGUGAUUUAUUGGGUGAUUUUGGGAAUGCUAAAAUACCGAACGUAGCCGAUUAUUAUAACACCAAGCCAUUCGGAGAUGAGGAACCGCUUCCAGAAAAACCCGCAUCAUCAACACAAAGAGGUUUCUAUGAUCAAGAAUUUCAGCCUAUACUAUUUGAUGAAGAUCCUGAGGACAAGAAACUUGAUUUUAUCUGCAAAGAGAGAGAUACAGAUACACCGGAUACUAUAGUCAGUUGCUCCAGUCCGGAGGGAUACGAAAUUGAUCAUGACGAUAGAUUCCCAUAUCUUAAACCAAUUGAUAACGAUGAAGAUGAAGAAGAUGAAGAAUCGUCUUUAUCAGGCCGUGUUUCACCAGUUUUACCAGUCGUAUCGCCUAUUCCAAUAAGAGUUAAACCGCUUUCUUUAUACCAACUAAAAGAUGAGGAGGAUAAUCAGAAAUCAUUAAAAACAUUGGAUACCGAAACUCCACUAAAAACAAAAAUGGAGGACUCUCCUGGUAGCGGAGAAAGCAAUGAAAAUGUUACAGUCACUCUUACUCUCACCUCUGGCGCUGCAGAAGAUAUUCUAGGUGUAUUGAAAGAACUUGCGGGUAUACUGCACAUCCCACCACCCACUUCCUAUCAAAUAAUAGAACGUACGGCCACUCCGCCGUCUCAUAAACUUGGACUGUACAGAUCAAAAGGUAAAGAUGGCAAGGAAGGAACGCCUAUUGAUAUUCAAAGUAUUUUGAACGGAGCGGCGAAAUUCUGCAGACACUGUGAUGUAGUGAUUUUGGAUUCUGUUGUUAGAGCAAAAGCGUCUGAAUUUCCUCUUUUAUCUGCUAAUAAAGGAAACGCUGAAGAAAUACUGUGUGAUAGCGAUUCGGAACUGUAUUUUUGUAGUACACAGUGCUAUGAAAGAUUCGCAUGGCGUCCAACGAAUAUUAUUUUAGAUGGAAAAUCAAAAACGAACAUCAAAGAGGACAGCAAAUCUGAUAUAGAAACCAAUUUGUCAAAAGAUAGGGAUGAUUUUGAUACUGCAUCUACAGAAAGUAUGGAAACAGAUGAGCUGGACAUAAAACCUGACAUCAAAGAUGAGAAAAUGGAUUUCUCGUUCAUGGACUCCUUAGAUAAUGAUGAAUUAAUGAAAGAGGUCGGUGAUGAUGUAAGCGCACUCGAUGAAGAUCUAAAGAGUAUCGAGACUGAUGAGAAAAGUAAUCAAAGCGUUGAAAAAGAGAAAUUCAGAGGAACACGAUACAAAACUUGGUCACCAGGUUGUAUCGGUCCACCGAUAAAGUAUAAACGCCCAACCGACCGAGAACUGACUGAACUAGUAUUUAGAACCGGCGUUGCCAUUAUGCCCGUUACAAACGAAGAUGCCAGGAAGUGUGAAUUGUGUGGAAUUCAAGGUGACGGAGUCGCGGAUGGUGUAUCGAGGCUACUAAAUUGUGAUGUUGAUAGAUGGGUUCAUCUUAAUUGUGCUCUCUGGUCGGAAGGCGUUUACGAGACUGUAAGCGGCGCACUAAUGAACGUAGACUCUGCUUUGGCAAACGGUUCCAAUGCAACGUGUGCAGUGUGCAGAAGGCUUGGAGCAACCGUACGAUGCUUCAAGGUGCGAUGUGGAAGCGUGUACCACGUGGGAUGCGCUGUGAAGGAGAAUUGCGUGUUUUACAAGAACAAGACUGCCUUCUGCGCUUCACACGCACCAAAGAACGAGAAAGACAAUGAGCUGACUACACUGAGCGUCGGUCGGCGGGUGUUCGUGUGCCGCGACGAGCAACGCCAGGUUGCAUCGGUUAUGUUGCACUCGGACACCAACCACCUCAUCCGCGUUGGCGGGCUCAUCUUCCUCAGCCCGGGACACCUGUUGCCGCACCAGCUAGCCGCCUUCCACACGCCAGACUACAUAUACCCCAUUGGAUAUAAAAUCGUGCGGUUUUACUGGUCCAUGCGGCGCGCCAACAGCCGCUGUCGCUACGUGUGCUGGAUCUCUGAGGAGGAGGGCCGGCCGCGCUUCCACGUACGCGCGCAGGACGAAACACUGCAAGAACUGAGCGCACCGACGCCGAGAGCCGCCUGGGCAGCUGUUUUGGAUGCAAUAGCAAUUUUAAGAGAGGGCAGAGGGGAGGAUGGCGUUUUGAAACUUUGGCCUAACUACGUCACCGGAGAAGAUCUUUUCGGACUUACUGAACCUGCUGUAGUCAGGGUUCUGGAAAGCUUACCAGGCAUAGAAACACUCACGGACUACCGCUUCAAGUUCGGGCGUUCUGCUCUCCUGGAGGGCGGGCUAGCCGUCAACCCGUCGGGAUGCGCUCGCAGUGAAGCCCGCUGUGCGCGCGUGUGGCGGCGGGCGGCAACGAGGUCGUUACAGCCCGCACCGCCGCCGCCCCUCGACGCGGCGCACUCCACGCACCCCGCGUGCCCGUACUCCAAACAAUUCGUGCACACCAAGAGCAGCCAGUAUAAGAAGAUGAAGCUUGAGUGGCGAAACAACGUCUACCUCGCAAGAUCCAAAAUACAAGGACUAGGGCUGUAUGCAGCGCGCGAUUUGGAGAAACACACCAUGGUGAUAGAGUAUAUCGGAGAGAUCAUCCGCUCGGAGCUCUCUGAGAUCAGAGAAAAGCAGUAUGAAGCAAAGAACCGCGGCACUUACAUGUUCCGCCUGGACGAGCGGCGGGUAAUUGACGCGACCCUCUGCGGCGGUCUGGCGCGUUACAUAAAUCACUCGUGCCAACCUAAUUGUGUGACUGAGAAGGUAGAGGUAGACCGACAUCUACGCAUCAUUAUCUUUGCCAAGCGACGCAUUGCGCGCGGCGAGGAGCUGGCGUACGAUUACAAAUUUGACAUCGAGGAUGACGCACACAAGAUCAUGUGUAUGUGCGGUGCACCCAACUGCCGGAAAUGGAUGAACUGAGCUAAACCAAACCACCGGAAGUGGCUGAACUGUGUCUCCUCGCUCCACCAACGCAAGUGGAUGAACUGCGCUGCAACCGAAUACCGCAAGUGGAUGAAAUAUGCGUUGUGCCUAAUUAUCGCAAAUGCAUGAACUAAGCGACGCGACUAAAUUGUAUGUACCAAAGUGAUUUACAACCCUAUAAAUAAGCGAAACUAUCAUUUUAGUUACGAAUAUAUAUAAAAGCUGACGUGUGAUUUAUCUUAUAAAUAAAUAAAGACAAUAUCGACAGAAUUGUACAGCGCCUUUAGUACGAGUUUGCUGAUCUCGAAAACGUUUAGUUUACACGAGCUUCAGUAUUCAUAACAUCAAAGUGAUAUGAACAUAAAGGUCUCUGUUUUAUAGUGGUACAUUCUGUACAAUCGAUUUUUACUUCACAAAGUUUUCGCUAGCUGUGUGGAAUACUAUAAAACAGAACUCGUACUGCGGGUAAACACACCGUUCGAUAGGCGAACGGUUUGUAAAUAGCAUAGUAUAUUGAUUGAUAUAAAGAUCAUUGUUGUUAUUGAAUUUUAACGUGUUUUAGAUGUGAAUGUUCCGAAAGUAUACGUAGUUUAAUUUUAUAUUAUUAUUAAUGUAUUCUAUAGAAGUUUUUUUUUCCUUUGUGACCGCUUUUUCAACUUUUGACGUAUAUCGUAUAAUGAUUCAUAUUUUUGUUGAUCGGCGAAAGUUUUAUUUACUGUUGGUAUCGAUGAUUUAUUUACGAUAUAUUUAAAUUAUUAUUAUCACGUAAAUUAUAUUGAUUAGUAUCACAAAAUACAGAUAUUCCUUUUUAUAUAAAGUUCAUUAUUGUGUAAUUUAUAUGAAAUAAAUUAUAAUUAUUUCUUUUCGUCAAUAUCAGUGAUGAAAGUGUUGAGCGCUAGGUUAAGUUACCGUGUAAACGAGUCUGCAUUUAGUGUCGCAUAGCACGUGUUAUUAGCUGUUUAAAUACAUAAUGCCACAUUGUGCCUGACCAGUUUUGUAUGUCUUUUCACUUAGGGCAUCGCUCCCGCGAGCGAUUUAGUUCGUACGAUCGCGGUCGAUUCCAUGCUCAAAAUUCAACUUCACUUAAAUUAGUAAUUUUUUUCAUCUCAUGCUUAAUAGCGUAGCCAGGUGGUGAUGACCUCAAUCCUAUGUACCCUAAUUAGAAAGCAAACACAUUUAUUUAUUUACACAAAAGUUAGUAUUAAAAAAAAACCUUCGCACCAGUUAGUAUUUAAAAAACCUGAGUGCUGGUAUUACCGAAACUAGACAUGCGAAGUUGGCGAACUCGCUGUCAUCGCGUUACCUCGUACUGCAGAUAUAAGUUACAAACGUACUAAUUUCACACUUCAAAUCGCCCAUAAAGCUUCCAGCGUAGAAAAUCCUGGCUACAUCCUUGGUUAUUUCAAAUAAUAAGACAAAAUCUCUAAAGCAUCUGUGUCCAAUAACUUUUCGAAUUAAUUUUAUCAAUUACUUAAUAAAAUUGUGUUUUAUUUAACUGGUAGAGAAUCUGAAACAAUUAAAUAAAAAAAAAAAUACGGAAGAAGUUUUACAAUAUUACAGCCAGUGAGGCUCAAAUAAAUCAAAAUUUGUCGCUACAUAACCUGAGCUGAAGAAAGAAACAUGUGAUUCCUAUUCCAUCGAUUAGGAAUUUCGUACUCUAGCUUUGAAUACCUUAAUCAGAUCCUUAUAAAAUUUAAAUGGGACCAACUAGAAGGUAAACCCUAAAAAGUGUUGGUUGUCGGUUGAUAGAAACAUUUAAUUACAACAUUAUUUUGUUGAUUUCGUAUUAAAUUUUAUUUAUAAGUAACAAAAAAUAUCAUAUUAUGUCCAAAUAGACCAACAAAGAUAAGUCAUCAGGUUUUUAACGCUUAAUUUGGUCCAGUUAAAUAAAACCCUCUAAACAGUUGUAAAUAAAAAAAAAUUACGAGCCUCGCAGUUGAGAACAUUAAAUUUGAGCGGAAUUUAUAGUUAGAGUAAUUUAUACAUUUAUAACCCGAAAUGCAGGUGUACCUCGCAUAGUAGGAGCUAAGUACUGGUUGUUAUUGGUUCUUUUUUGGUUGUACACAAAUCUACAGAAGUUGUGAUACUUUUUAGAACAGAAUAUUUACUGCGUCAACACUGAAUGUGAUAGCUACUCUAUUAGCGCGGCGAUAGGUUGUAAUUUUUUUUCAAUCGCACUGCAUGUCUAAAGUUAUAGCCAAUCCAAAUAAAAUACACCAAACGUUUACAGCACUAUGCUAGUGUACAAUAUACUAGAUUAUGUUCAUAAUGGAAAGAUGGAAGAAAAUGGAAAUUUUAAGACGCUGCUGACACCAUUCAACUGACCGUGGACGGUCGGCUGCCUGCCAGUUGGGCGUCUCACAAAAUUAUUAUUUAGGUAAACAAGUCCAUUAACUACUUUUAGGAUUUUAUUAACAACCGUAUUAGAAACUGGGUGCCAACAAGAACGGGAUAAGACCACACCUUGAUCUAUUACAUGUGGCGAUAAUAGUAAAAUUUUUAAAACCCGCCAACAAAUACAUGCCCAGCAGUGGGAUGUUAAUAGGCUGACGAUGAAGAAGAUUUAGUUCACGGAUUUGUGUACAACCAAACUAGCGCCCGUCGCUUAGUGUGCGUAAAAUUGAGUUUGUUGUAAAAUAAUUUGUAAAUGUAAUGGAAGUGGUCGUAAGUAGGAAUUAGUGAGAAAUGUUUUACAAUGUAAUAUGAAUUGGAAGCUAUAUUAGUCUAGUUGGGUGUUUUUGUACGCCGAGUAUUUUCGAAGAGCAUGAAAAUACACAAUAUAUUUAUAGACAUAAUAUUAUACACGAAUAUUUUCGGUGUGAAGCUAACUUGUAAUCAGAAAUACAUUUUUGUAAAGAUCAGUUUUUUACAUCUUUCUGUUAAUAGAUUCGAGAAUGCUUGGCGUGCUAAUGUGCUGGUAUAAAUAGGUUUAACGUUCCGGUGGCCAUCUAUCUAAAAAUGUUUUGUCACGAAAUGUAUGUAAUUAUAAGUUUAAAAUGUGCAAUAUCGAGUCAGUACCGAAAUUGUAAAUAAUAUUCACUUUGAAA